AUGACCCUCCUCACAACCAUUACCCGCUUCCUCGCCCUCUCCACCGGAGAAUCCGUCUUCUACCGCGAAGCCGGCGCACCAACCUCCCCAACCAUUGUGCUCCUUCACGGCUUUCCCUCUUCCUCCCACCAAUUCCGCAACCUCAUCCCCCUCCUCGCUCCCAAAUACCGCGUCAUCGCCCCCGACUUUCCCGGCUUCGGCUUCACAAACGUCUCCUCCACCUACACCUACACCUUCGACAACCUCGCCUCCACAGUCGCCACCUUCCUCUCCGAGAUCCACGACGCCCCCCAAAAGUACACCAUCUACAUCUUCGACUACGGCGCCCCCGUCGGCCUGCGUCUCGCCCUCAAGCACCCCAACCACAUAUCCGCCAUCAUCGCACAAAACGGAAACGCCUACGAAGAAGGUCUAUCCCCCUUCUGGGACCCCAUCCGCACCCUCUGGGCAACUAACAACUCCGUCCCCGCCCGCAACGCACUCCUCCCCUUCCUUCAGACCGGCACGAAAGGACAGUACGUAGACGGCGAGCCUGAUCCUUCUGCCAUCGAUCCCGCCUCCUGGACGCUCGAUCAAGCUCUCCUGCAACGCGAGGGGAACUUCGCCAUCCAGCUCGACCUCUUCUACGACUACCGCACCAAUCUGGAACUGUAUCCCAAAGUGCAGGCAUGGUUUAGAGAGAGCCAGGUCCCGCUGCUGACCGCGUGGGGGAAGAACGAUGUCAUUUUUCCUGCGGCGGGCGCGGAGGCGUAUAAGAAGGAUUUGCCGGCUGCGGAGAUCAAUUUGUUGGAUGCGGGGCAUUUUGCGGUUGAGAGUCAUGCUGGGGCCAUUGCAGGGCUUGUUCUGGACUUCUUCAAUAGGAAGGGGGUGUGA